AGCGCCGGAAGUAACGUUCACAAUUCGGUUUCUUCUUCGUGCAAUUGUUUGAUAGCGUUGUUUUUUUACGUGCUUUGAAAAUCCGUUUGCCAAACAAGGCCCGAAUUCAUAAUAGUUAUGAUGAAGAAAAAAAGAUUGUAAAAACAAAAACAAAAAAAAAAUCGCCAUUUUAUUUCACAUCAAACGCCCCGGUGCUGCGACGCCGCCGGAAACAGUUGUUGCGAUUUACAUGCAGCAGGGACGCAGAAAUGGAGCCAGAAGUAAUGAUCGAGUUUCAUGAAAACAUCUUACUAGAGUUUGUCCUGAAACACCGAGGCUUUUUGAUUGGCUGUUAAUGAAGCCAAGUCAUCCUGGGCUCAUCUCCCAGGCAAGUCCUGAGAUCUUCUUUUUCCAUCCUUUUCUUUUUGAGUGAAAUGUUCCUGCUCUAGUUCUUAAAGAUGUUGUCCAACCCCCUGGCUGAUCCCAACGAAACAAGGCCGGUUGCUUCAACUGGUCCCUGCCCCCAAUCUGCACUUUAUGAAGACCUGUUGGCGAUGGCCUACAGAGGAACUGUGAAAGCAGAGAUUGGGAAGGAAGAUACAAGGAUGUGCUCUGUACAGGAACCUCAAACGUCAUUAAUACUGGACACUGAUACACAGCAGAACCCGACAUCUUCAGAGAUUAAUGGUCACUUGGGAGGUAACACUAGUUUCAAAGCUGGCACAGAUGAAGCGGACAGGUUCAGAUCCACAGAAUGGACACCGCCGCUGACCUUGCCUCCCGAACCUCCCGAACAAAUUGGUUCUCUCGAGCGCGUUCUUGUGGCCCAUCAAAACGAAAUGAAACGCUUGCUGACAGAUACUUUCGGGACAUUGAGCCAGAGGUUGGAGGCAGUUGAGCGGCAGAUCGAGCAGCUGCAUGUCCAAGGCACUGCACAUGGAACAAGUCUAGCUCUGCUUCACAGUGAAGUUAGUCUUCUGGGAAGAAACGUCACUGCUGGCUGUUCAAACACACCGACUGCUCCGAGUAUCGCGCCCUCCAGCACUUAUGAAAAACACUCAGCCGAGGAAAAGAAAGAUGGCGCUAUGUCCAAGAUAUCCUCUCAGGGAUCGGUUAGUCAUGGAAGUGGGGACGUUGAUUCAGGGACCGCGAUUGAUUUCUCUGCACUUAUCUCUGAUUGUAAUCAUAACAUUGAGGUGCCGGACCCUCUGCCACUCAAUGGAGGCUCAUCCGGACAAGUGAAGGCAGCUUUUGGAGCUGGUAACUACUUUCGGGCUUUGGAUAUUGAAGACUUUGAGAACAUGGAACAGGAUGUUGUGCUCUGUAAUGCGGACGAAAAAGACAGUCAAAACGCGCCAUCUUGUUAUCCGAAGCCCCAGUCUUCUGAAAGCUUGGAGGCGAGCAUUAAGUGUCACUCUACUGAUCAGUGUUCACAUGAAUCAGCACAACUUGAGGUGCCUUCUUUGAGUAGUGAAGUUUUUAGCGGUUCUUUGGAGGGAAGCCUGUAUAACAAUUAUGGUCCCAGUAGCGUAAGUUCAGAUAUUCCAAAUUCUAAGUCAGAGGGAAAGUCUGUCCUGUCAAGACCACCUCUGUCAGACUUGACAGCAAGCGUGUCACCCUCAAUCAGCCAGUGUAGGACCACUAACAAACCCGAAACUUGUCUUUCUACCUUGAUUAUGACUCUAUCCACAAAAAGUCCUAAAAUAGCUGAAAAACAGGAGUGGCCAUUUUCUGAAGUUGUAUCUGUUCCUGCCUUUUUCAAAAUCCCAACCCUUUUAGAGAUCAUGCCAGGUUCAAGCAAGGAUUUACUUUUAGAUAAUGAGAGAACACAUGAAUUUGGAAAGAGAAAGAGCAAACAGUUAAAGGUUAUAGGUUCCUCGAGGAAUGGAGCAUUUGCCUGUCUAAGGGUAAAAACGUACCCAUAUUCCCGUCGCACAUUUGUCACCCCAGUGGUGGUACCUUUGGACUCUUACAAGGCUUGCCUUUCAGCUAUGGGAUUUCUUUUGCCCUGGACCGACUCAGGUCCUGGGAAUGGGCUGUCAAAUCUACUUGAUACACAAACACAAUCUAACCACAGUAUGAGCAAUCUUCUAAAUUACCUGGAUGACAUCGCCUGCUGCUUGAUUCCUAAUAGGUCCUUCAUCAAGAAUGUCCUGCCUCUGAUGAGACACCACAGAAUUGCAUCUAAACUCAAAUACCACCAUCAUAAAGACCAUUUGUACUCCAAAUGGCUUCCACUGAACACCAGUCAAGUUUUCAGUUUACCCCUACCAAAACUAAAAAUGGACCCUUGGGAGUCUGUUGUGAGACACCCACUUCAUUCAAAUCAUAGUGGAGGUAGGAAGCCCCAUAUCCCACCACUUGUUGGCACAAAUAUGGCACAGCAUUUGCAGCCUCCUGCUUAUUUCCCCAUGAAUACUGUGAGAAAAGGGAGUUUCUCAAGGGCAGGACUGAGCACAGUGAUGACCGUGUCCUCUCCGAGGUCUUUCCCAACGCGGUUACGCCACAUCCAUUCCCCUUUCUCUUUCAUAUCCCCGUCAUCCACUUUGGUCAAUACUGUGAAGGACCAGAUUAUUGUUCAGAACAAGAGUUCUCCUCUUCGGCCAUUGGCUGAUUACACCGGCCCACCGGGUCUGGAUAAUGAUCACAGCUAUGUUCAACGAUCCGGCCAAGAUUCUCCUCCCAGAAAGAAAACUGGUUCAGUAUGGAAAUCAUACUCGUUUCCAUCCCCACGUCGACUUCUAAAGAUUCCCCUCAGCCCAGAGAGGAGCUCGGAUAUUACUGCACGACAUAGCCCUAAUGUCAAGGUGGUGAGGUUGGAGGCGUCUCCUUUGGAAACUGUGCCCACUUUUUCCAUUACUGAUACAGACGUAAAAAAGCCUGAACUGUACAACCUGGAACCCUCUGGAGAGGAGAAGCAGGUGAGGCUUCAUGAAUCCAGCUCUGCGUCGAAACAAGUCCAAAGGUCUAAAAAAGUUUCUCAGAUUCGUAUCCGCAAGACGGUGCCCAAACCUGACAAAAACCUCACCCCCAUGGGGCUGCCCAAACCAAAGAGAUUAAAGAAGAAGGAGUUCAGUCUGGAGGAGAUUUACACCAACAAGAAUUACAAAUCGCCGACUCCAAACAGAAGCUUGGAGACAAUCUUCGAGGAGCCAAAGGAGAAGAACGGUACACUAGUCUGCAUUGGCAAUCAGAAACGAAAGCGAGUGUUAGAUUUCCCAGAUUUUACUUUACCACGCAAACGCAAAGCUAAGGCCAACCUGGGUUCUCUCCGAACAAAGGGGUCCCGCAGAGCCAAAAAUAAAGACGCAGACCUGAACUUCAUGCUAAUCCAGAGACUCAGCGAACUGGAGGACUACUUCUCUCGCCAAGGACUGGAGGACUAGUCGAGUUUAAUGUUAUUCUCAACACUUUUUUCUUCACUCAUCCUAUUCAGCUGAAAUCCCCAAGGCUUCUUUGGUGGAGGUUUAAUAGUUUAAGGUAAAAGCUUUAUACCAAUGGAAAGGGUAUAUAAGGUUUUUCUUUUAAACUGAGAACUAGAAGGAGGUAAGAAACCUUUAAAUACAAAGAACCCUUGAGGAAACAUGUGUAACAGGUAAAAGUAAAAUCAACAGCAAAUCUCAGCUUUAGUAAUUGUUACGCUGCCUUCGAUCUGUGUUUUAUGCAAAAGUAAAUAGUUUUGUUGUGCUUUGAA